AUGUCACCUAAUAUGCCUGGAGCUCGGCAUUUCAAUUGGGAGUACUAUGGUCAGAGAGAUCUGAAAGGCAGAGGAACACUUGAUGAUGACGGCGGCUCUACAGUGCAUGGCAAACUCAUCACUCCAAGCUCCUUGGCGAUUGAAGGUUCAGCAAUCGGUCUCGCCCACGAAUUCGUUCUCAAGAAGGAUGUUAAGAGGGAUCAUUUUGUCAGCUGGCAGGUUAUUGAGUAUGGUGAAGAAUCCCAGACUAUCAGAGUGCGACGAGAGGUGGACGCGAGCCAUCGUAAAGAGCUGGCUGGCAAAGGCUUUGAGACCAUGAGAAUGAGUUACGGCACCACUGAAAUGAGACUACCAGCGGCGGAAUGGUCCAAGUGUUGGCUGAGUGGACUUGUCACCUGUAAGUGCGUUAUUCACUUCAGCGAACACUUCCCUGGCAAUCACUGUUAUCGUUGA